UGUGUUUCUGUGAAUGGAAAACACUGAUACUCGCAGUUGCAUGGAUUUAUUAAUAAGAACUUUUUGCUCAAGUGCAUUUUCAAUACCAAAAUUCAAAUCCUCCACUAUUUCAAGACUUUUAACAGCACAGUUUUAACCGCAUGACUCUAAUUUCUAGAGUCACGUGAAGAGGACAUGAAGUUUGGGCCACUGCAGACGUUUAAACAGAUGCAUUUCUUGGUCUGAUUUGGCGUUUUCUUCUGUUGUCAGCAUGUCCCGUGAGCCGUACCCGUUUGUGGAGGACAGCUUCAGCCGCUUCCCGUCCCAAAGUAACAUGUACGGGCUGUGUCAAGCCGGAGAUCAGGAACUAUUGGCCGCUACUCUCAAAGGAAAAGUGGUUUGUUUUAGGUACCAAGAGCUGCAGCAGAAAGUCCGCCCCGUGGCCAAAGAGGUGCAGUUUACCUACAUCCCAGUCGACGCUGAAAUCGUAUCAAUCGAUGCUUUCAACAAGUCUCCUCCCAAAAGAGGUCUGGUGGUGGGGAUCACAUUCAUAAAGGACUCUGGGGACAAAGCUACUCCCUUUCUGAACAUCUACUGUGACUAUGAGCCGGGGUCAGAGUUCAACCUGGAGUCUAUCGCACAGAGCUGCCUCAAUCUGGAGCUGCAGUUCACACCGUUCCAGCUCUACCACACAGAAGUGCAGAGUGAGGAUGGAGCCAAAGAGACAGUGUUUCUGCUCAGCGGACAUGACCAGAGGAUUCACCUGUACAAAGAGAACGCCUCCCUGCACCAGUUUGAGGAGCAGCCAGUUGAGAGACUCUUCCCUGAAUUGGAACAACUCCCCAGCAAUGUGCUGUGGUUGGACAUGGUGAGUUUGGACCAGGGUCGACGACUCUCUGCUUUUGGUUGUCAGAGCGGAUGUGUGGGACUCGCUCUAGUGAACCAGACUGGUCCAGAGAUUCUGCAGAGUUGGCGAGUCCACUUUGACAGUCCAAUUUCUACAGUGCUGCUCUUUCCACUCAGCUGUAAAAACGCAUCCAGCGAGAUAACUCAAGGGGAGGAAAUGGGUGGGUUCAACCUUUUAGUGACCAGUACCAUAGAGCUGGCCGUUAUCUACAGAGACGUUCAGGAGCACGGCCUGGCCCGCUCCGUGUACCUCGCAGAAAGUGAUCAGUUUGACGCUGUUCUGAGCGCUCUCGUUAUUGACCUGGAUUUUGACGGGCAAAAGGAAGUGCUGCUGGGAACAUAUGGACAGGAACUUCUUUGUUACAAAUACCAGGCAGCAGUGAGCGGAGGGGACGGCCACUUUCAGCUGCAGUGGAGGCGGAGCUUCAAGAGUCCUCUACUGUCCAUCAUCUACUUAGAUCUAACAGGAGAUGGGCUAAAAGAACUGGCUGUCCUUACUCUCAAGGGCCUGCACAUUUUACAGCACAGUCUCAGCUCCACCGCGGCUCUGGUUCUGGACCGGCUCUCCCAACGGGUAUCAUAUCGAAACCAGGCUGAAGUCACACAGAAGGAAGAGGACACUGCUGAGGGGGGCGCUAUCCAGACGUCUUCCAAUUAGGACAAAGUGCAUUUGGUUUAUCUGUGUGAGUCAGCCUGCACAGGGGCCUUAUAAAAAUGUCCCAAUGUGAAGAAUUAGAUUAGAGCUGCAUUUAAUUAAGCGUUGUUACGAUAAAGACACUGGUUAGAAAAUAAAACCACAUGUGCCGUGUAAAAGACUGAAAGGCGUGAUGUCAAGCCGUGGUUGUAAACAUAUCUCAUGAACUAGCUCAUUAGGCUAAUAAAUGCACUGACAAA